AUGGCCCACCACGAAGACAUCGACUCCAACCCAGCCCACGACCGAUUCAAUGUCUCUGAAGAGAAGCACCAAGCCAGAAUCGCUGAGCUCACCGACAAUGUUACUGGAGAGAUCCGUAACCCUCUCGUCGGUGUGCCCCGCGACACUCUGAUGCGUUCCGCCGAGAAGUUCGCGGCCGACCAUGAUCUGAACGACAUCCUGCCCCUUCUCAAGAAGGGUGCUCUCGCUGCUCAGAAUCCUGCACAGGUCGCUACUAUGGAUGACUUCACGGACGAAGAGAAGGAGAUCUUCCAAGAGGAGAUCACUCACAAGUGGCGCCAACCCAAGAUCCUUUACAUCACCAUUAUCUUGAACUCCGUUGCUGCUGCCAUCCAGGGAUGGGAUCAAACUGGAUCCAACGGUGCAAAUCUGUCUUUUCCUCAGGCCUUUGGUAUCCCUGAGAGUGGCCCCGUGUGUGAGGCCGCCGGUACCUGCUCCAACAACCAAUGGCUUGUCGGCUUCAUCAACUCCUGCCCCUAUCUCGCUAUUUUCCUUUUCGCAGGUUGGAUUUCCGACCCCCUGAACCACUGGCUUGGUCGCAGAGGAGUCAUCUUCAUUGCUGCCGUCUUCUCCCUACUUGCCCCUAUUGGUAUGGCGGUCACCCAAAAUUGGCAACAGUUGGUCGUCUGCCGUAUCCUUCUUGGUAUUGGUAUGGGUCUGAAGGAAGUCACGGUACCUGUCUUCUCCGCAGAGGUUGCACCUACCAAGAUUAGAGGUGGUUUGGUCAUGUCGUGGCAAAUCUGGACUGCUUUCGGUAUCCUCCUCGGUACGUCAGCCAACCUCGCCGUCAAGGAUGUUGGUGACAUUGCAUGGAGAUUGCAGCUCGGGUCAGCCUUCAUCCCUGCUGUCCCUCUUGUUCUUGGUAUCUUCUUUGUGCCUGAGUCACCCAGAUGGCUCAUGUCGAAGAAGAAGUAUGGCAAGGCUUACCAGUCGCUUCUCCGAUUCCGUGGCAAGCCUAUCCUGGCUGCUAGAGAAUUGAUCUACAUCUACGCCCAAAUGGAGCAGGAGGUCAUGCUUAUUGAACAAUCCGGUCUCCCUGCUAACGCUGGCUUCUUAACUCGUUUCAUCGAACUCUUCACCAUCCCCCGCCUGCGCCGCGCCGUUCAGGCUUCCGGUAUUGUUAUGAUUGGUCAACAGAUGUGCGGUAUCAACAUCAUCGCUUUCUACUCUUCGACCAUCUUCUCUCAGGCUGGCGCUACCGUCACUGGGGCUCUCCUCGCUUCCUGGGGCUUCGGUAUCAUCAACUUUAUCUUCGCUUGGCCAGCCGUUUGGACCAUUGAUACCUACGGUCGUCGCGCUCUCCUUCUUUUCACCUUCCCCAACAUGUGCUGGACACUGUUGGCCGCGGGUCUCUGUUUCCUGAUCCCCACCGAGUCUGCCGCCCAUCUUGGCCUGAUCGCCCUCUUCAUCUACCUGUUCGAUGCCUUUUACUCUCCCGGUGAGGGUCCUGUGCCCUUCACCUACUCCGCCGAAGUCUUCCCUCUCUCCCAUCGUGAGGUUGGUAUGUCGUGGGCCGUUGCCACCAACAACUUCUGGGCCACCGUCGUGUCCCUCACCUUCCCCCGCCAGCUUCGCGCAUUCGGCACCACCGGUGCUUUCGGCUUCUACGCUGCCAUGAACGCUGUCGCCUGUGCCAUGAUCUUCCUUUGGCUGCCCGAGACCAAGCAGCGCUCGCUCGAGGAGUUGGACUACGUGUUCGCUGUCCCUACUCGCACUCACAUGAGCUAUCAGCUCUUCCAGGUCUUGCCUUACUGGUUCAAGACCACUGUUCUGCGCAAGAAGGGACUUCCGGAGCCCAAAUUGUACCACUUCCACAGCGACUCUACUGUCCUCGAGUUGGAGAACAUGAAGGCUUGAUUGGGUGGGUUGUUGUUGGCGGAAAGUAAUGAAGUGGGAUCACAUAGCGAAUGAUCAAUGUAUUAAAUUGGACCGUAUGACUGCAACCCUCUUUG